UUUAUUAAUUCAAUAAUGUAUUUAAACCCCCUGACACUCUUUAGUUAUUGUAUCGCAGUUCCCUCUUUACAUUUGUUCAUUCCUGUUUGUUAAAAAAAAAAGCCAGCUGGAUAUGAAAUAUGUUUCAGUAUGACCUUCUUUCCAAGGAGUGACCAAACAUUAGACUCUUUUAGGAUUUUCUCACUUUAAAAUCCUCACUAUAUAUUUUACAUGCUGCACCUUUAACGUUAAAAUUGAACACAUGUAACAACGGCUUUCCGUACAGCCCUCCUCUGUGGGACCGAGAAUGCCCGAGCUGCACAGACACAGUAGCUGAGCAGACAUGGAGGCCCGAUUACCGAGAGAGGCCCGUGCUGACACAUCCAGGCCUAGCUAACGGCGAGUCGCUGUGGAUUUCAGAGCAUCUCUGGAGAUAUUACGGAUACCAGUUGCUGUAAGGAAGAACGAUUUAAGCCGCAAGGAAGAAGAAAUAGAGGGAGAUCCAUUUCAGCAGUUGGGACGAUUUCAAUAUAAAUGACAAAUAAUGUGGCCACAACGUUGAUAAACAUGAAGACAGCACACAGCCGAAUAAUGUGAACACCGUUUCUGGACAUAUUUUCAGAGCUGAAGGACGGAGAAAGAGGGCUGGACAGCUGAGAACAGAGAGGAGCUGCUUCAGAACAAGGAGGGCUUCACUUUCCCCGUUAUCCCCUCUCCCUUUUCCUCCCCCUUCAUCCCUAUCCCACCCCUAAACAUAAAAAACUCUACCUGAAAUCCACUUCCUCCUUUCCCCCCCCCAAAAAACGCUCCAGAAUCCCCUAAAGUUUUGAUGGAUCCGAAGGUUCAGGGGAGAGUUGCAACUCCACCCCCACUUCUCUCUUGUGCGCCCACCGGGGAGCGAGAGAAGGAGGGAGGGGGUGGAAAGAAGGAAGAAGAGGAUGAAAAGAACCGGGACAGAGAAAAGGAGGGAGCUGCUGCCGCCCCUGCUAGCGGAGGUGGGCCAGGAGGUGCCGGAGGUGACCAAUUUCAGUUUUCCAUCAACGAAAGCAGUUUGUCUGAAGGCAACGUCAAGCUGAAGAUCGGCCUUCAAGCAAAACGCAUGAAGAAACCCCCAAAGAUCUUGGAGAAUUAUGUCUGCCGACCAGCCUUUAAAGCCACUGUGAGGCACACCGCUCGUGGAGGAGGGGCUAAUGCUCGUGGAAACCGUGCAGGGGCUACGGUUGACGGUCCACGCGGUCCGAACCAGGCUCCUUCACAAGGCCGGGAAAAGGAGAGGGAGAAGAGUCCGAGUGUGAACAAACCACCAGCCACAUCUUCAUCUGCUAAUUCCGCUAAAACUCCUUCACCUCCUUGUGCUGCUCCAUCACCUAGCAUAGCUAAAACCCCUCCCCCCUCCCAGGUAAAUGGGACUGCCCCAGCAAAAAGGGGCCAACCAAAGAUGGAUUGCAAGCCUGAUUCAAAGUCUGAUUCAAAAUCAGCAACUACCGCAUCUGAGAGACCCCUUAACCUUCACCGCCCCCCACCAGACAGCAAGACUCAUUCCUCUGGGAAGAAAACACCAACUCCCCAAACCAACCCACGGAUAUCUUCACCAUCUUCUUCGCCACUACCUGCGUCAAAAGAACCAAUUUUCGAUGGCGCUAAACCUCCUCAGUACUCUUUAAGCACAGAAGGUCAGAAAGACCAGGACAAGAGUGUCCAGAGUUGGGGGGCGCCCACGGUAACUGAGAAAUUAGCACAGCUUAUAGCAACUUGCCCUCCAUCGAAGACCCCUAAGCCAACGAAACCCAUGAAAACGGAUCCUGUUCCUCCUCCUGCGAGCUCGGGCUUCAUGGCUCCUACAGCCAAGCAACGCGACCGAGCUAUGGCCAACAGGAACACAUAUUCAAGAAUGUUGCACCUUUCUCCUCCACCUCCUGUGUCAAGACCACCUGGUCGUCCUUACGGUUCUAGGAACAAAGACAGCGUUUGCGAAAAUGUGUCCGCCCUGAUGCAAGUAAGGAAGGAGGACUCGGAUUGUGUUGGAAAGGCUAUUAUUAGCAGCAGCCCUGCAUUCACUUACAACUGUCUGGCAGCGUUGUCAAAGGAGAGCAACGCUGAGAACAGCGGUGGUGUUCUUUCUAAGACACAGUCAUGUCCUGCUCACGGCUCGCCACACACCACAUCUUCAUCGUCUUGCCCCGUUUCGUCGUCCUCCACCGUCUCGGCUGAUCAGAGGACGGUUGGUGCAGGGAGUCACCGGGGCUCUCCCGUUCCCUCACAAGGACACCACGCUCCAGACCCCCAAGCUCUGGCUGAGGAAAGUGGUGCCGGUAAGAAGGUGCAAGACGAAAACCCCAGAGAUUUAAGCAAGUGCCCUCCUUCAGCAGGAACAGGAAAAUCAGAGGGGAGAGACAAGGGAGCAAGUAAUCAAUCGCAGCGCGUCGAGAGGGUGGGGGGCUCUAGUCCCAGUAAACCCAGCCCCAGCAGAGAUGGCAGUAAACCCAGUCGAAGCAGCAGUCCUCCUGCGCCUGUUAGACAGCGGACCCCUUCUUCGUGUGAGCCAGAUGAUGAUGAUGAUGACGACGACGACGAUGAAGAAGACCCACACACACCUCUAAGAGAUGAUUCUCCUGAUUCAUCCCUAGACUCACCUGAUGAGCAGGACAGUAAACCCCUUAAAAAGCGUCGAGGAAAGAAACCACGCUGGUCCCAUGUUAUGAGCACAACGCAGAGUCAACGAUUUCAUCAGGACAGCCUCUUCAAUGAAAGCAAAACCAGCCCGGCUUCACCAGCAGGAUUACAGAUGCCAUUGCCACCUGUUAAAAGACCUGUAGGUAGGCCACCAAAUCCUAAUAAGGUCAGACCAAAUCCUCUGCCUCAAAGCUCUGUGUCGCAGCUUUUCCCUCUUCAGCCUAGGAAAAGAGGGAGGCCAAAGUCUAAAAUGCCCAGACUCGAUGCCCCAGCUCCUGGGAACUCCUCUAAUAAGCUGGUCUCCUCUAAGGUCUUUUCAUCUUUGUUGAAGUCCAAGGAAGAGCAGGACCCACCUGUUCUUCACCCAGAGGUGGACUUGGACCCUCCUAAGCCCAUGCCUCGAAAACGUGGCCGCCCCAAGCGCCUUCCUCCCACUCUACCCCAGGAAGGUCAGCCUCCUACACUAGCUCCCGAAGAGGAAGACAUGGGAGACAAACACUUUCACAGCAAAGGAAAUGGACAGCUUAUCAUGAAAACAAUUAUUGGCAAGCUCAAUAAGAUGAAAAGUGUGAAGCGUAAGCGAAUUUUGAGUCAAAUCCUCUUGGGUCCAAGAACCGAAGAAACUCCUAAAAGCAGCGCCAGUGGAGUGGCGAGUUCUGUGGAGUCCACAACUCGGUCUUUAUCCUCUCUAGCUGCUUCCUUUGGGGGGAAAUUAGGGCCACAAAUUAAUGUCAGUAAAAAGGGAACGAUAUACAUGGGUAAGAGAAGAGGCCGUAAACCAAAAGCCACAGCCAGUUUCUUGGGUACAUCAUCAUCACCAGAGCCCUUUCUGUCUCCAAACACCACCUCUCCUCUUCAUCACUAUCAGUCCCAGCAGCAUCAGCUUUCGUCUGAGGUCUUUCCUUCUCCCUCCCUCUCCCAGUCCAGUGGGGGCCACAGUCCGAUCAGUGAUGCCAGCUUUGUGGAGCCUGGCUCUGUGCACUUUUCAGGGCUCUCUCACUAUUCUAGUUCUCAUCACAGGCACAACGCCUUCUCCUUCCCUCCCCCGACCUUUUCCGCCCCUAAUAAAGUCCUAGGCUCUGCUUCGUUGUCUAUGGCCAGGGCAGCAUCCCAGAAAAAGUCGUCUUACCGUGGGUACCCGCUCCAUCACCAUCAUUACCGGCAGCACUAUCAUUAUCAUAAGCUCUCGCCUCCCAGGCCGCUCCAUCCCACCUCCCCUGCUCCUCUCAGUGAGCUGAAAGAAGCCACUCCAUCACCGGUCAGUGAGUCGCACAGUGAGGAGACGGUUCCCAGCGACAGUGGCAUAGGAACGGACAAUAACAGCACAUCUGACCGUGGAGAGAAAGCUGGAGGCACUGGUGGCUUAGGUGGAAUGGGGAUGCCAACAGGAAUGGGCAGUGGAUUGCUAAUGCCAGGUGUCAUGAGUUCUGCAAUGGCUCCAGGAAUGGGCCUUAAUUCCAGAGGCAGACGUCGGCAUGCUCCUCUGCUCAUGGAACAUCCCUCUGCUUCUCCGUCACCCCAUCGGACAAGGGUGUCGCCUGACCCCCGGAGACCUCACCCGGCGGCUCCAGCUUCGUCCUUAUUGGGCCACAAGGAGAAACACAAGCACAAGUGUAAACGCCGCGGCCAUGGAUGCCCCAGCUACGACAAGUUAAAGAGACAGAAGAGGAAACGAAAGAAGAAGUACUUGCAGAUGCGGUCUAGACGGCUUGACCCCGACUUUCUGGCCGAACUUGAUGAAAUAAUAGUGAUGCUGAGUGAAAUACGAAUAUCGCACCACGCCACGGGGCAUCGGCUUGGUGGUGGAAUAGCGAUAGCACCGGGAACAAGUAGAAUGCCAGGGCUUGGGAACAGAGCUAGCAGUGGAAUGGGGGGUUCGAGUGGUCCUCCUCCUCAUCACUAUGUUCACAGGGACCUCCUGCCUACAAUUUUCAGGGUUAAUUUUGGCAGGUUUUACUCUCAUCCCGCAUAUUCCUGCGACCCAUUGCACUAUGUUCGUAAACCAGACAUAAAGAAGAAACGUGGACGGCCUCCUAAACUGAGAGAGUCCAUGUCUGAGGUCCCUUUUGUACCUGGACUUGGAUUCCCACUCUCGAGUGGAGGAUUCUACCACCCAUCCUAUGGAGUUCCUUACUCGUCUGGGCCUCUGGGAUUGGGAUACUACAGAGGCUAUCCUCCAGCAAGCGCCCUGUAUCCUCACCCACACCAUCAGUCCCCUCACUCAGCCCCAUCUCACCACUCUCACCACUCACCGUCUUUCCCUCCACCUCCUCCCGCGUCGUACAUGCAUCACCACCAUCCCUCACAUCUUCUGCUAAAUCCCUCAAAAUUUCACAAGAAAAAGCAUAAGCUACUCAGGCAGGAGUACCUAGGAGGAGGAAGGUCCCCCGUCCUGUUCCCACCAAUGUCCUCUGAGCUUUCUUUCAACUGGCACCAUAAACACAAGCACAGGCACAAGCACAGAGACCGCUGCUCUGAGGAAGACAGGGAGGAAGCAGCAAGGAGUGGAUCAGGAAGCCGGGCUGGUGGAGGAGUUUCUGACAAAGGAGCUUCAAGUAAAGGAGUCGGUUUGGGAAUGGCGGAGUCGUUACAGAGGUGCCGCUUUGGAAGAGACGCCCCCAGCACUGCUGCCAGCAAGCAAACUGCUACCACCUCUGCCAACUCGCCGUCUUCUUCCUCAUCCUCAUCUGCAGAAAGAUACAAGCGCAAAGAGAGCUCUCUGUCCUGCCUAGGGCCUUCUAGGCUUGCACUGGACAGCAGCUCAAAGGGCCAUCAUCCAGUUGCAUCCUGGUUCAGGAUGAGUGGUUCUGAAGCUGACUACUCUCAGCUUUCACGGAGUCAUGUGGCCCCUGGCCAGAGCUCGUUCUCAGAUGGAAGAGCGGGAGAUCCGAGAGGCUGUUCAGACAGCGAGGACGAGGAACCCCUCACUCCUACGGAGGAAGUGGAAACUCACAAAUCUCCAAAUCUUACAAAUCUCUUCGCCUCGGCGCUCACCCGUACAUCACUGAAGGGCGGCAGAGGCAGAAAAGGCGCGGCGGUCCCAGAGAGCUCUAACUUCACUCACAUGGAUCAGCCAACGAGGAAGGACCGCUCUGCAUCAGCAGAGAGGAGAGAGUUGGGGUCAUCAGGUAUUCAGACGAGAGGUGUCACCCUCCCGAUGUCCGACGGAUUCGAAGGAUCUUUGCACCGUCGGCAGCUGCACCACCACCCACCGUCUCUGUUUCACUCCCACGGCUCUCCUUCUUCCUCCUGCCUCACUCCCUCUCAGGACUUUUGCCUGGACUCCUUGUCCCACCACUCCCAUCGGGGACAGCCAUCCAAACACCGUCUGCAUCACGUCAACAAAAUCCUGCGUGCCAAAAAGCUGCAGAGGCAGGCUCGCACAGGAAACAACAUGGUGAAGAAGAGGGGCCCAGGACGUCCCAGGAAAUACCCCCUCCCAUCGCCGCCGCCCUCCCCGCCCCCUGCUGUUGAGCUGAAUCAGAUCCGGCACAGGGAUGACGGCGGAGAGCGGCUAGUGGGACGAAGAGGGUUAGGUGGCGACACGGUCAAGGCUGCUAUUGAGACGGUAGUCCAGUGCCAGCGUCGAAAAGGUCAAAAGAGGAAGCUCUGUGAGGAUGAAGAAGAGGAGGAGGAGAAGGAGGUCGAAGAGGAGGAGGAGGAGGAGGAGGGAGACACUGAGGAGCAGUUGUCUGACAGAGAGGAGAACCAGGGUAACCCGGCAGCGAGGUCCAGAACGGGGACAAUCCGAAGCUGGCCUACAGAGGAAGAACAUCAGCACUUUCAGAGCUCAGUGGAAAGCAAGCCAGUCGGUCCAGGUUCUCCAGAACCCCCAAGGCCCGACACCAAGGAACAAGCUGCAGCUGCGCCCAUGCCCAUAACCAACCAGCGGGAGAAGAGAGCAGCCAGGCCUCCUAAGAAGAAGUUUCAGAAAGCAGGACUUUACUCUGAUGUGUACAAGACUGAAGACCCCCGCAGCCAGCUUCUGCAGCUAAAGAAGGAGAAGCUGGAGUACAUACCAGGGGAGCAUGAAUACGGGCUGUUUCCUGCUCCCAUACAUGUUGGGAAGUACCUGAGACAGAAACGCAUAGAUUUCCAGUUGCCUUACGACAUCUUAUGGUUGUGGAAACACGAUCAGCUUCACAAGAGACCUGACGUCCCUCUUUAUAAAAAGAUCCGAUCAAAUGUGUACGUAGACGUGAAGCCGCUCUCCGGUUAUGAAACGACUACCUGCAGCUGUAGACGUCCCGAGAGCGUGGCUGAGAAAGGCUGCCUGGACGACUGUCUGAACAGGAUGAGCUUUGCUGAGUGCUCUCCCAGUACCUGCCCGUGCGUUGAUAAGUGUGACAACCAGCACAUCCAGAGGCACGAGUGGGUCCAGUGUCUGGAGCGAUUUCGAGCUGAAGGAAAGGGCUGGGGCAUCCGCACCAAGGAGUCUCUCCGCUCUGGACAGUUCAUCAUCGAAUACCUGGGAGAAGUGGUCAGCGAGCAGGAGUUCAGGAACCGAAUGAUGCAGCAGUACUUCUCCCACAGCGGCCACUACUGUCUGAACCUGGACAGCGGGAUGGUGAUCGACAGCUACCGAAUGGGCAACGAGGCACGCUUCAUAAACCACAGCUGCGAGCCCAACUGUGAGAUGCAGAAGUGGUCGGUGAACGGGGUGUACCGGAUCGGCCUCUUUGCUCUGAAGGACAUCAGCAGCGGCACUGAGCUCACCUACGAUUACAACUUUCAUUCCUUCAACACGGAGGAGCAGCAAGUGUGCAAGUGCGGCUCAGAGAGCUGCCGGGGCAUCAUCGGAGGGAAGAGUCAGCGCAUUAACGGUCUGCCUGGAAAGACGGGAGGGACUCGGCGGUUGGGUCGGCUCAAGGAAAAAAGGAAGUCAAAACACCAGCUUAAAAAGAGAGAGGAGGAGUCAAGUGACAGCAGCAAGUUUUAUCCACAUCUCAUGAAGCCCAUGUCCAACAGAGAGAGAAACUUUGUGCUAAAGCACCGAGUUUUCCUUCUACGGAACUGGGAGAAGAUGAGGGAGAAGCAGGAGCUGCAGAAGAGAGAGGGCGAACGAGAGCGCGACGCCGGCAGCCUCUCCAUGUAUGCCCGCUGGGGAGGAGUCAUCAGAGAUGAUGGCAACAUCAAGUCAGACGUGUUCCUGACACAGUUUUCAGCUCUGCAGACGUCACGCUCGGUACGCACACGGAGACUCGCAGCCGCCGAGGAAAACACGGAAGUCACACGCACUGCACGCCUCGCGCACAUCUUCAAGGAGAUUUGUGACAUGAUCACCAGCUACAAGGACUCAUCUGGUCAGAUCCUGGCUGCUCCGUUGGUGAACCUCCCAUCCAGGAAGAGGAAUAGUCAGUACUACGAGAAGGUGUCCGACCCUUUAGACCUGAGCACCAUCGAGAAGCAGAUCCUCACCGGACAUUACAAGACCGUGGAAGCGUUCGACACCGAUAUGCUCAAAGUGUUUCGCAACGCAGAGAAAUAUUACGGUAAGAAGUCGUCUGUGGGCAGGGACGUCUGCCGGCUGCGUAAAGCUUACUACAGCGCUCGCCACGAAGCUGCGGUCCAGAUCGAUGAGAUUGUGGGUGAGACGGUCAGCGAAGCGGACAGCUCUGACUCGCAGGAGCGCGACCUUCACCACCACCACGGAGGGGGGCCGGGCUCUCACGACAAGGACGACGACGUCAUCCGUUGCAUCUGUGGAAUGUACAAAGACGAAGGCCUGAUGAUCCAGUGUGAAAAGUGCUUGGUGUGGCAGCACUGUGACUGCAUGCGACUGGAGACCGAAGUGGAGCACUAUCUGUGUGAGCAGUGUGACCCUCGGCCUGUAGACAGGGAAGUUCCCAUGAUACCCCAGCCCAGCUAUGCACAGGCAGGCUCCAUCUACUACAUCUGUCUACUUAGAGACGACCUGCUGCUACACCAAGGUGCUUGUGUGUAUCUGAUGAGAGACAGCAGACGCUCACCUGAAGGUCAGCCCGUUAGGCAGUCUUACCGCCUGCUUCCUCACGUCAACAGAGACAAACUCGACAUCUUCCGAAUUGAGAAACUUUGGAAGAAUGAGAAGGGUGAGCGGUUUGUUUUUGGUCAUCACUACUUCCGUCCUCAUGAGACGCACCACUCUCCAUCCCGGCGUUUCUACCAGAACGAGUUGUUCCGCAUGCCCCUGUAUGAGAUCAUCCCUCUGGAGGCGGUGGUGGCAACGUGCUGCGUCCUCGAUCUUUACACUUACUGCAAAGGCCGGCCGAAGGGUGUGAAGGAGCAGGACGUGUACAUCUGUGAUUACCGCUUGGACAAGUCAGCCCACCUGUUCUACAAGAUCCACCGGAACCGCUACCCAGUCUGCACCAAGCCAUAUGCCUUCAACCACUUCCCAAAGCGCCUGACGCCGAAAAGAGACUUCUCGGUGAGAAAACCUCAUUACGUUCCCGACAACUACAAGCGGAACGGCGGCCGAUCAGCCUGGAAGAGCGAACGGUCCAAAGAUGCAUCCGGCUGCGAGGACGACGGCUCUUCCUGCGAGCGGGGCGAGGACUUCCCACCUGACGAAGAAGAUGGAAGAGGAGCAGAGGAGGACUUAGACAUGGAGGAUCCUGAGCUUCUGUCGGCCAAACCCAAACGGGGCAGAAGAGGAGGAGACGACGAGGAUGAAGAUGAGGAGGAAGGACUUGUGGCAGAGGUGCGCAAGGGACUUGAGGAAAGCUCCACAGAGAGGAUGGGAGAGAUGCUUGAAAUUCCAUCAUCUUCAGCCUCCUCCCCUCUACAUCACCCAGCUCUGAGCAGGAGAGAGGUCCAGAGGGAACGGCUCAACAAGAUCCUCCUGGAUCUGCUGCACAGAACUCCCAACAAGAAUGGAGAGGGAGUCGGAAUGAAGCAGGGGGCUGUUGAUGUCUCCUAUCUCCUAGAGGAGGGGGCAGGGCGACGGUUACGACGAAGGACGCUUGGAUUUGGAGAGUUUGUUGGCAGAAAAUAAACGUUCCGACGCUCAUUUCCACCACACCGCCUUUCACUGUUUUCUAAAAUGAAGGGAGACGAGCAUUGUUGUUCAUCCUGCCGUUAUGCAAUGCUUCCCUGGAGGGACGGCCUAUUCUAGCUGACCUCUUGAGAAGGUGGAAGGAGGUUUAGAAAUGCUGCCGAGUCCCAGAAAGUUUCAGCUUUUCAGGAGUUCUGCGGGAGAGAGCUGACCCAGUCUUCUUGUUUAUUUAAGCUUCAUGCAACAACCAUAUAGGAGAUGAAAGAAAAAACAACCCAGAACCCAUGCACUUAAAUGCAUCGAACACUGCAAACAUGGGUAUUCCACUAGAAGGCACCAGAACUGAAACAAGCGGUACUAAAUAGGGAACGGUUGCUUCUCUUGUUUGUUUAGUUUCAGUGUAAAUGCAGAAACACUUGUUCUCCUUACUGGGAUUUAGCUGCAAUGACUUAAUGUAACAGACGAUGGGAGCUGGUGGAAAACGUCAUAGGAGAGAUGUUAGCAUUUGAUCAGUGAUGCUGCGCUUUAGAGAGAGAGAGAGAGAACAACUGCACUUUUGGUACCAUGGAUGUUGUGAAGCUCUGUAAAGUAUCUAAUGAAACACACUACCACUCUCACAGUAUUGGCUGCAGUCCGAAAAAAACAAGUUUAAAAAGUUCAUUAUUGAUAUUUUUCCUGUUAUACUGUAGUAACUCAUUUAGGAACAAAGACCUGUGGGAGGGGGUUAGUUUCCGCUUUUGUUAAGUGUCUUGUUAUUAUUUUUACUCACCCGUGAGGCCGACCUCUUCUCCCCUCUUUUAGACGCAACACGAUUCACCAGCUAAACUAAAUCAGGCCAGGAUGAGGCGAGCGGCUUUAACUGUAGCGCCUUACUCAGCCUCGCGUACGUGUGUGUGAGUGUGUAUGCAUGUACACUUCUAGUGUGUCUGCCAGAUUUUGUGAAAAUAUACCUUUUAAAAAAAAAAUUAAGGGCUCGAUGGCAAUUAACAGUUUUAAGAAAACUAUGGAAAACAAUACCUAACAUGAAAUGUAUCGUGACGGUCAUAUUUUCUUAUAUUCUGUGGGCUGGGCGGGGCAGCAUAUACUGUAUAUUUGAUCCCUUCUUUAAUUUGUGGGUGGGUUGGUUGGACUAUGUCCCUGGUUGCCAUGGAGAAUGUUUAUCAUUUUUGUUUUGUUUUGUUUUAUGGUGGUGUUUGAUGAGAUUUUGAUGGUUCCCUAAAUGGCUCUGCUAAAACGGGACAGGAUGCAAUGUCCCAUUGUGAUUAACUGACAGAUGUGAUGAGAACGAGAAAAUGGGAAGCUGUACAGUGCCAAGUUAUGUAAAUAUACACACUUUACAUUGAGGAGUGUCUUCAAAAGCAAUAUCUUAAAAUGGACUUUGUUUAUUAUUAUUGUACUGUACAGAUCUCAGUCCUAAAUGUAUUAUUAUAAUAGUAUGAUUUCUUCCGUUUGUAUUACUAUAAUGAAGACACUUAAGCUCCGAUGGGAAAUAAUUUUUGUAAUGUCGGAAAAGAAAAAUUUCACCGUAAUUGUCCUGAUGACAUGAAAUUUAGGUUUUUGUUGCGUUUUAAGUUAAUUUCAGCUUCAUGUGCAAGAAGAAUGUCAGACAGACACAGAAGGAAGGCAUUUGGAUACGACAUUGGCUCAGCAACAACUUUGUCACAGAAUUUUGUUAAUACUUUUAGGGAGAAACGCACUCCUUGUUUUUUUUUUUGUUUUGUUUUUUUUUUUUUUGCUGCAAAGUGUUGAACACUAAAAAAAAAUCAAACAUGAAAAUGUUGAAAUAUUUUUAAAUGCUGACAUAAACGAAAGUAAAACGGUCAGCCCAAUAUCAUCCAAUAUAUAUAAAUAUAUAUAUUUUUUGUUUAUUUGUUUGUUUUAUUUUUAAAUAGGAUUCCGUUUUGUGAUAGCAGUCAUUGUAUGAUCCUUGUACUUGUAUUUGAGUGUUUUGUGUGAGCCGUUUAGUUAUUUUUUUAGACAAUCACAAAAUAAGAUGCAAGCAUUGUAAAAGGCGACUGGCAGACAUUUUGUGAUGUGUAGUUUGUCAAAAAAAAAACCUUCUUCCACUGGUGAAAAGUUUGUAAUUAUAAUUCUUAAAAGUCAUGAAAAAUGCUGUUGGUUUUUACUUUUUGUUUUAUAUUUGUUUUUGUUUGUUUUUUAAUAAAAAGCACUACAUUCUUGUCAGAAA